ACCCAAACAUGCGACCGUAAGACUAGUAUAUGCACUAAAAUCUAAUCCUGUUAUAGAGACUGGGAUAUAGAAACUGUGCUCCUAAAUGCUGGUGUCGCAGCACAGCAAAAGAGGAGAAGUAAAUCCAGUGUUGCUCAGUCUCGAUUGCUCCAUUCUACUGAAGGUAGAUUAUUGCUUUACUGCAUGCUAUCGGAUUUUCCCCUUAUUAAUAGCUACCUCUAAUACACCAGGCAGUUGUUCUAGUCAGGUUCAGUACUGCCACUACAGAAGACACUCAGAGAUGGGUAAUGAAGUAGUGGUAAAUGCUGGGACUGUGGCUCAGCGAAGGAGACCACACAGGUGUCUGUCUGCAUCCCAUGUGCCACUGGAAUUCUCGAGGACUAAGCAGUUUUGUUGAUCUGCUAAAUUCCAACAUCAAUGAAGAUCGUAUAAUCUAACUAUAAGCCCACCCAUGUAGUCAUGAAUCCCACUGUGAAUUCUUAGAUAUGCAUAAACAAUAGAUAGGUGCAGUCCCUGGGUAA